GCUGCGUCCAUAAAAGCGUCGGUCAACGCAGCAGGGAGCAUUCGUUCAGAUCCUAUCGAUGGACACGGCGAGAUCUUCGGCCACUGUGUCUGGCGGUGGCGAUGAGGGUGCUGAAACAUUGGGCAAGUCGAAGAAGUACCGGAAGCCCAAGCCGUGGGAUACAGACGACAUCGACCACUGGAAGAUACCCGAAUUCAAACAGGCGAGGAAGAACAAAGCAAGCUCCGGGUGGAUGGAUGGACGGCAUCCAUUGACUUCUCUCGUCGUGUUGCUGCUUAUGUGCUUCCUUUCACAGGAGGACAAUCCGUCUGGUUUGCUCGAGGAGAGCUCCUUCGCGACUCUCUUUCCAGCCUACAGGGAAAAGUAUCUCAAGGAGGUCUGGCCGGACGUCAAAAGGUGAGGCGGAAGAUGGUGCCAUGACAUCCAUGUGCAGUGCAGCAGUGUUUGACGGCUGCACUCACUCAUGUCUGUGCGUUUCGUGUGUGCGUUCACUUCACCAGGGCAUUGGGCGAGCACCACAUCAAGUGUGCGCUGGAUCUGGUGGAGGGGUCGAUGUCUGUUGCGACGACCAAGAAGACCUGGGACCCCUACAUCAUCAUCAGGGCACGCGACAUGCUCAAGCUGCUCGCCCGGUCGGUGCCCUUCCCACAAGCCGUCAAGAUACUCUCAGGUGCGCGAGGGAGUCAAGUCAGCCGUCCAACGGCACACAAAGGCGCACAGGGCAGGCACAUGUGAUGUAUCUGUCAUUCAUUCAGAUGGAGUGUAUUGCGACAUCAUCAAGAUCGGCGGCAUGGUUCGGAACAAGGAGCGGUUCGUCAAGCGGCGGCAGCGGAUGGUGGGGCCCAACGGGUCCACACUCAAGGCCAUCGAGAUACUCACCAACUGCUAUGUCCUGGUCAGGCUGUGGGCAAGGUGGACCCACACCCCAGACAGCCCAGACAGCCCAGCCAGACGGACCAGAUGAGUGCAUGUCGGUCGAUCGGCUGAUGGAUGGAUGGAUGGAUGGAUGGAUGGAUGGGUCGUGCAGGUGCAAGGGCAGACAGUGAGCGUUAUGGGCGACAUUCGAGGGCUCAAAGCGGUGCGCGACCUCACACGCACCAGCGGCUGUUUGCUCUUCUCGAUUGUCCCUCCCUCCCUCCCUCCGUCCCUUCCUUCCACGUAUCAGGUGCGUCGCAUUGUGGAGGACUGCAUGAGGAACAUCCACCCGGUCUAUCACAUCAAGGAGCUCAUGAUCAAGCGGGAACUCGCCAAAGACCCCAACCUCAGGGAGGCAAGCCAAGCUUCACCACACAAGACACCACACACACAGCACCCGCUGUAGCAACCAUGCAAGAAACACGGUCUUCUGUGUGCACUGGCCGCUGGCGUGCAGGAGAAUUGGGACCGUUUUCUUCCCCACUUUAAGAAACGCAAUGUGCAGCGCAAGAAGACCAAGAUCGUCAAGAAGAAGGACAAACCGCUCUUCCCACCUGAACCGGUCAGUCACUCACCCUCAGACAGACAGAGGCGCAGAUGCAUUCUAAUCUGCCGCCUUGCCCCAUCGCCCCCACCCUGUGUCUGUCUGUCUGCGUGCUCACUUUCAUGCCUCAGGCGCCCCGGAAGGAGGAUUUGAUGAUGGAGAGCGGCGAGUAUUUCCUCUCAGAGGCCGACAGACAAGUAAGCACACACAUGACAUGACAUGAGGGACGGCCAAGCAAGAUGCACAACCCACCUACCACCCAUGAGUAUGGCUGGAUGUGUGUGUGUGUGUGUGUGUUGCAGGCCAAGAAGGCGUCAGAGCGUCGUGAGGCUCAGAAGAGCAAGAGCGAGGCCAGGAAGCAGGAGCGGAACAAAGAAUUCGAACCGCCAGCCGUGAGAAAGAGGCUUGGGGGCAGACACACGACACCUUCUCUGUCUGCACGGCACGGCACUUUGCUAUGUGUUGUGUUCUGUUGUGUUGUGUGGCCAGCCGUCUGCUAAGAAGAGGAAACGGGGUGAGAGUGCCGACGACACGUCAAAGCAAGAGGUGAGCCAUCCACCCACCCACCCCCCCUCGCAGCAAAGGACACGGACAGCAUCGAGCAUCGCCUGUCUGUGUGCUGUCUGGCGCAGGGGCUGCAAGAUCUCACUGAGCGGCUCAAGAAAAAGGCCAAGGCCCGCGACACGCUCACCAAGGCAAACAAGAAGAAGAAGGCAGAGGGGCUGCUCAUGCAGCCGGGGUAGACAGACACUGUGUGUUGUGUGUCUGGCCGUGCCGUGACGGGAGGAGGGGGGAGGCUGGUUGCCGCGUCAGGCAGACAUAUCGGCUUGUGUAUAUCGAUGGG